AGACACCAGACCAAAACAAAAACAGAACUCCCACUGAUUAACGCGUGCUAUCCAUUUUCUAAAUUGGCACGUGAAUCACGAAUCCCAAUUCUAACACUUUAAGCCUUCCCCUCUAAUUGGUGUAUUAUUUUCUCUUUGCAAAAUUUCGGUCUCUCUUUCAGUCGAUCUUCGAUACAGGUGAAAAACCCUUGAAGCCUGAAACGUGACUGUUUCCGCAAAAAAUCUCUCUAAUUGACUGACUCGGUUGUUGACUCACUCGCUGUUGAUCGCGAUCUCUCCCGCUCGCUACGAUGAAGAACUAUUUCAAUGAAGAAGAAGACGAGAUAGCUGAAUUAGCAGCUGGUCAAUUAUUAGUCACCCAGGAAUGUGAUAUUCCUAAAAACGAAACCUCUAGUUUAGUUUGUGUAGAUGCUGAUGCUAUUGACUGUGAUAAUGCUUCUACUCGUGUUCGGCCCCGAACUGUUGGAGAGGACUUAAACACUGAAGAAGGAAAUUCUGCUGCUCCCCAUUUAACUUCUUUAAGUCAUGAACACGACCCUUGUUUUCCGGUAGAUGGUUUUGAUUCGAAAAUGAUUUUUAGUGAACACGUGACAAGAAUUUCAUGCCAUGAAGCUCCUUUACUUGGGGAAAGCCAAUUAAACUGUGGUCUUAGAGAUGGUCCUCCGUCCAGUGCUGAGCUUGUUGAUGAACACAUGGAGGAGUGUUCUCCAUCAAGCCCCACUCCUGAUAUUGCAGAUGCUGGUGUUAUUUUAAAUGACCUCACACCAACCAAUUGUUUCAGCUACUCAGAAAUGAGUGACAUUGGUAUUGUUGUUGAUUAUGUUGUAUACCGGGGUAAAUAUUGUACUGGGUGUCUGGUGACAUUUUCUUACAGUGGCAUUAAAAUUAAUGGUACAACUGCUCAUGGAGAUGAAGGAACCUUUAGCUUCGAAACAGGAAUUGAUGAAAUUGUUAGUAUUGAGUCUCAGAAUAUUCAAAGAUUUGAAACUGUAAUGAUUAAGCUUCACAUACUUUCAAAGGAUGCAGUACAAGCUGAUAACACACAAGGCAUGUCAGGUGUUGAGGAGUUGGAGGUUGUGGUUGUUGAGCCAAAUUGGUCUAGGAAAUGGGAAGAGAUUACAUCUCUGAAUGUGAAGUACUCACCUCUACUGAGCGUUAUACAUGACAUGGAUAUUGCAAUGAAUGGAGUAGACUCACUUCAACAGAGGCGCUAUUUCCCCAGUUUUGAUUCAGAGUUUGAAGAUGUUAUCUAUCCAAAAGAGGACUCGGAUGCAGUUUCUAUUAGUAAGAGAGAUGUUGAUCUAUUACAACCAGAGACUUUCAUCAAUGAUACAAUCAUUGACUUUUACAUUAAGUAUUUGAAGAAUCAGAUUCCAUCGGAGGAGAAGCAAAGAUACCAUUUUUUCAAUAGCUUUUUCUUUAGGAAGCUUGCUGAUCUUGACAAAGAUCCAUCCAAUGUGAAAGAUGGCAAAGCUGCUUUUUUACGUGUCCAUAAAUGGACCAGAAAAGUGGAUUUGUUUGGAAAAGACUACAUUUUCAUUCCUGUAAACUUCAAUCUUCACUGGAGUUUAUUAGUAAUAUGCCAUCCGGGUGAAAUAGCUGGUGUGAAAGAUGAAGACACAGAAAUAUCUGUCAAAGUACCAUGUAUAUUGCACAUGGAUCCUAUCAAAGGAACUCAUGCAGGUCUCAAAAAUCUUGUUCAAAGUUAUUUAUGGGAAGAGUGGAAAGAGAGGCAGAAGGGCUCAUCUGAAGACAUGUCUUCAAAAUUCUUGAAUUUGCGGUUUGUCCCACUUGAGCUGCCACAGCAGGAAAAUUCAUUUGAUUGUGGCCUGUUCCUGCUUCACUAUCUGGAGCUCUUUUUGGUAGAGGCCCCAGUGAAUUUUAGCCCAUUCAGAAUAAAUGGGUUUACUAAGUUUCUUAAUGGGGAUUGGUUUCCUCCUGCUGAAGCUUCUCUCAAGCGUACACUUAUCCAGAGGCUAAUCUCUGAGCUGCUUCAAAAUUGUUCUCGGGAAGUUUCUUCUAGUGGUUGCAGCAGUGAACAACAGUCUAAUUUCCCUGAAAUUAAUGGGAAAGAAUCUGGAUUGGAGCUUGUUUCAGACAGAUACUCUCCUGAUGGAGCUUGUCGUGUUAAUUUAUCAAGCUCUGACCAUGGUCAGGGCAUUGAAAUUACUCUAUUGGGAGUAUCACCUAUGAGGAAUUCUCAUUGUGUUAAUGAUCCUGGCUUGGUUCUCAGGGAAUUUUUUGAUCCGGAAGUUGCUGCUGGAUCAUUACUUGCACAGUGUCCAUCCUUUGACCAGCCAUCGUCUUAUCACCACCUUAAUGGUACUAGGUCACAGAUAGAGCAGGAUGAUACCGAAACUGGUGAGCAGUUUGUGUAUUUCCCUUCUGGAGAAACUGUUUGUCAGAAAGUUGCAGGAAUAACACCUCAAGAUGGUUCUAUAUCAUGUUCUUUUAAAGCUUUUGGAGCUGAUGAUUCUUGGAAUCCAGGGAUUUCUUUGCAAGCAGAUGACAAUGAUUCAUCUUCAGAAACAUCAGACUGUGCCUCUGAUGAUUCAGAUGUAGGAAUCAUUGAAAAUUUUCCAGCUAUGGAAGAUGCAGGUAUUUGUCAGAAGGAGAAAUUUGAUCAACGAAAAUCUCCUUUGAUGGAAAAUGUAGGGUGUUUGACCGUAAGCCUUGCUUCUGCCUCUGGCGAGAUGCUUGAGAAUUCUGCCUUUGGAGGUAUACGGAACCUUAGAAGUACUGAGGACAUUGACAAGAUUCAUGAUGGCAAUGAGCAUGUUAGCCUUGCAUCUUGUCAGGGAAAUUUCUCAGCAUCACUGCAAGAAGACCCCAACUUGGUAGAGAUUGUGUUGAAUCAAGAUUUGGAAAAGGCAAAGGUCACUCGGGAUAAUAUGCAAGCAAUUGAAGGUAUACAUAACCUUGAAGGUAUUGAUGACACUGACAGGAUUCGCUAUGACAAAGAAAAUGGCAACAUUGCCACUUGUCAGGAAAAAUUCUCUGCAUCAUUGCAAGAAGACCACGCUUUGGUAGAGAAUGGAUUGCAUCAAGAUUUGCAGAAGACUGAGGUCAUUGAGAAUGAUAUGCAAACGAUUGGUGAUGAUGUGAUGAUGGUAGAAUCAGAUGAACAGCAAGCUGCAAAGAGGCCCAGGCGUACCUCCUGAUGAAAUUGAGGGAGGAAUCACCAGAAGCCUGUCAAAGGAUCUGCAUUUGUAAUUUAGGCUGGAGUAGGAGUCCCCCCCUUAUUUUGUUAACAUAAUAAUGUGUUGGGAUCUCACUAGAUGUUGAUGUACCAUUCUGUGAAUAGUGUCACGUCUCUAUUUUGACAAUAACCGUCGGACGGCUGUAGGAAAAUUGUCUAGGUGCAGUUUGUCUUGGUGAUUAGUGAUUAGUAAAGGUUUUAUCUUAUUACCUACCAUCCCAGAUAUAUAAUCAAACAGAUCGAUAGAUGCGGACAUUGUUGCCUGAAUUGAAUACAUGCAGCAAUUGUUGCAUGUUGCCUGAUAUGUGUGCAAUGAACUUGAUGCCUCUUUGUUUCUUUA